GGCCCUACCACUCUCUCCGAUCCCUGCUCCUCCUCUCGCCCUCCCUCUUUCGCUCUCGUUCUCCCCGUCUAAACCUCCCUCUCUCGCUCGAGAUCUCGCUGUCGCCUCUAUCUCUCGCCAACUUUGCCCCUCUCCGCUUGCCCUCCCCGUGUCUCUCGCCUCCAUCGCCCCUCAACCCAUCUCACCUGUCUGUCUUUUCAAUCAACUCGUCAAUCCUUCCCUCUUUCGCCUCUGUUCGUGCCAUCUGGACUGCAUCAGGCUGAGGCAUCAACGUUGAGGAAAGAAGAGCUGAAUGGUCCGAACCCUAACCCCCCUUCGAUUGCAGGAGAACCCGAACCUCAUCGAUGGCAAUGGCACGACAUAGAGCUACUGCCAGGUGUCUUAUCUCCACUGUACGAGGUUGCAUCCGCAAGAACCUUUGUACUUUAGAGCAGCUGGUUGACUCUUCAGAAGUUAAUGUUCAUCAGUUGGCACAUAGGUCAUUCUUCCAUGGGUGUCGGGUGUUCUCAUCUGGUAUUUAUGGAACCUUCAACAAGUGGAAAUUACAGCCAAAUAAUGGGAAUUCCUGUGCAGUUUUGAAGGGUAUGGGUUAUGGUGCUAGGUUGAUCCAUUGCACAGGGCCAGCAUUUAUGACGAGAGAUUACUAUGAUGUGCUUGGAGUAAGCAAAAAUGCAUCUGCUUCAGAAAUCAAGAAGGCUUAUUAUGCUCUUGCUAAGAAGCUUCAUCCUGACACAAACAAAGAUGAUGCGGAUGCAGAGAGAAAGUUUCAAGAAGUUCAGCGUGCAUACGAGGUUCUAAAAGAUGAUGAAAAGCGAGCACUCUAUGACCAGGUUGGACCUGAACAGUUUGAACAAGCAGCUUCUGGAGGGGGUGCAGGUGGUCCUGGAUUUGGGGGUGGUGGUUUUGGUUUCGGUUUUGAAGACAUAUUUGGUGGUGGAUUUAAUGAGGCAUUUAAGAACAUUUUUAACCAAAAAGGCUUUGGUGGGCAGGAUGUUAAGGUUUCCCUUGAUCUAUCAUUCAUGGAAGCUGUGCAAGGGUGUACAAAGACUGUGACUUUCCAAACCGCUUUAGCUUGUGAUGCUUGUGGUGGUAGUGGUGUUCCUCCUGGAUCCAGGCCUGAAACAUGCAAGCCAUGCAGAGGAUCAGGAAUGAUAUUCAUGCAAAGGGGUCCAUUUAGGUUACAGUCUACCUGCUCACAGUGUGGUGGAAGUGGAACGACUGUCAAUAGCUACUGCAAGACAUGCAAGGGAGAGAGAGUUGUAAGAGGAACCAAAUCUGUGAAAUUGGAUAUAAUGGCAGGAGUAGAUAAUAAUGAAACACUAAGGGUUUCUAGAAGUGGUGGGGCUGAUCCUGAGGGUAAUCAGCCUGGUGAUCUGUAUGUUACUAUAAGGGUACGGGAAGACCCAGUUUUUCGUAGGGAAGGUGCUGAUAUUCAUGUGGAUUCUGUACUUAGUGUCUCCCAGGCAAUUCUGGGAGGAACCAUUCAAGUUCCAACUCUCACAGGCGAUGUUGUCCUUAAGGUACGUCAAGGUACUCAGCCUGGUCAGAAGGUGGUUUUGAAGGGAAAAGGGAUUAAGACUAGGAAUUCAUCCUUCUAUGGUAACCAGUAUGUGCACUUUAACGUUACAAUACCAACAAAUUUGACACAAAGGCAAAUAACACUAAUCGAAGAGUUUGCAAGAGAAGAGCAAGCAGAGUAUGAAAGGGAUGCUGCAGCAGGUGGCGUGAGUGGGUGAAGCUUUAGUGAAACGGUGCCUAUUUAUUGAUAUUUUUUGUUGGAUAGCGGUUUAGGUUGUUGGUUCCGCCAUGGACAUAACCAAAUUAUGAAUAUAAAUAAUUAAAUGUUUAUUUUGCAAAAGAGGGGAAAUAGGGUGGCCGGCAUUGAGUUAAUACUAUUGUAUAUACAGUUGGUACUUUUGGAUCAUAAUGGAAAGUGUUAGAAAGUACAA